AUGACUUCCCACUCCAGAAAGAAGCCAACUACUCGAACCAACCAACACCUCGCAAGAAACGCUUUGGUGGGUAUCAUCAAUGUCAUUUAAAUUCUCAUAAUCUUUAAGACAAACUGUCCUGUUCCAUUGCCUCGAAGCAGUUCAGUCGCCAGAGCAUUACCGACUUCUGAAAUUGAACAAGUGAACUCUUCAGACAGUGGAUUUACGGUUGGUCAAGGUCCCGUCAACGUACUUCCCACUCAUCCUCAGAGUAGACGCCACUCUGAAUCUGCCAGAUUCCCUGGGUACAUCCGACCGGAUGGAAGAACCAAUAGAAGCGUCGGCAUCAGUAAUCCAGCCGGUUUCAGAAGUCAGAGAGUAAGUUCAAACUGACUCUACUUUCAAAAUGUUAUUUGCAGUGGGCCAAUACUGCUCAAGGAAGAAGCGAUCUCAGUGCUGCCCCUCAGAUUAUCGAGAACGACCCAAUGGAAUCUACUCCAACAAGAGUUGAUGACAGUAGACAGAGUCGCGGAGAGAAUGAGACAAGGUAUUUCUCGUCCCGUGAGACCCUUGGCCAAUCUCUUCCAACCCCAUCCUUUGAUCUCGUCACGGCUGUAGAAGAGACGAUCCGGUCCAUUUUGGACACGGAUUCUAAUCCCUUCAAUAAUGGAUCCUUCUUGAAUUCGACUGGUAUGUUUCGUUCGAGAGAAACAUUAAGUUUUUCAAAUCCAGAAAUCAGCAAUGAGCUUGACCGCAAUAUCAGCGCUUGUGAUCCGGAAUUUUCUUCGUCUCAAUCUAGGGAUACUUCGUCUCAUACAGGUAAGUUGACUCAAUACAUAGUAAGCAUUCCAAAAACUGUGUUGCAGAUUCUCGCAUAAGUAACUCCGAGUUCAGCAGCGACAACUCCCGGCUUUCAUCCCGGAAGAAUCCCCUCAACAAAAGAUCUUUCAAAUAUGAGAGUGAUUCUGAAGAGAGCGCCGGCCCUGGCAAUCGAUCGUUCAGGCGUCGUAAAAGUAAAGCCGUCAACCCAGCUUUUUGGACAUGGACUUCAGUUUUAAGAGUUUUGUUUUUAGGAGAAGAUCCAGUAAAUCGUACGCAUGUAAAGGCUGCCCAAAGGCAGGAGAAGUCUUCUUACCCCUCCCUGAAAAAGCGCGCCUCCUUCAAGCGCUCUGGCCCAGAAGAUGAAGUCAAAAUGGAGCUGCGCUUUGCGGAAGGUCAGAAGCCGAAGCCCGGAGAACACUUCAGAAGUAUGCUACUGAAGUUCUGGGUCGAUGGAGAGCUUGUGGAACACGCCGUUGAUGUUUUGGUGAGUGGAAAAAGAAACGCGAAGAUCACGUUGGAAGAGGUCUGGUUGGAAGAGAAGUUGCUCUUCAGAAAGCACUGA